AUGUCGUCCACCGGUCGCACGGUGAUCGCGAUGAUCAAGAUCGUCAUCCCCGCCGGGGCGGCGAAACCCGCGCCGCCCGUCGGUCCCGCGCUCGGGUCGCACGGCCUGAACAUCAUGUCGUUCUGCAAGGACUUCAACGCGAAGACCGCGGACAUCACGGCGGACGUGCCCAUCCCGGUGACGAUCACCGCGUUCAGGGAUAAGUCUUUCGAGUGGGAGAUGAAAUCGCCGCCGGUGUCGUACUUCAUCAAAAAAGCCGCGGGGAUCAAGGAAGGGAGCAAGACGACCGGGCACGAGGUAAAGGGGACGAUAUCGCUCAAGCACGUGUACGAGAUCGCGAAGGUGAAGCACGGGGAUCCGGGGUAUUCGUGGAUGAAGCUGGAGUCGAUCGCGAGCAGCAUAAUAGGGUCGGCGAAGACGAUGGGCGUGGAGGUCGUGAGGUGA